AUGAAUCUGAAUCUUUGGAAUACCAAAGAUAUAUUUAUGACUCCAACAAAAAUGGGGCCCUAUAAAUCAUCUGGCUGGACCAGUGCUCCCAACGAACAUAACAGUAUGAGUGAUUCUCAGUUCCUUUUUGGCUCUCAGUUUUGCUCAGAGAAUUCACAGAGUGCAUCAGCCUCAGCUGAAUUUAGUAUCCCACAAAGGCAGGACAAAGGUUCACAACAGAAUUCUCAGGACAACGAUAUCAGUAUUUUUGCCAAAUACCAGUCUAAACCACAGCUCUUUGGAAAAGAGGAAAAGGAAAAUGUCUCCUUUAAUAAUUUUGCUGGAAGAUUCAAAGGAGUCAUGGAGCAAUUUGAAGAAAAUAAGAAAAAGAUCAAGGAAAAAUAUGAUAAUGACCUUUUAAAUGCUUUUAUUUUGAACACCAAAGAGAGUCUUCAAAAGUUGCAGUCUUCCUUCAGUAUGUUAGAAGAAACUCUGAAAUCUGUUUUGAAUGAUUUGGGAAAUAUUUCUAAAACAAUGCAAGAAACCUCUCAGUCCCAUUAUGGAUUGUUACUGAAUGCUCUUGGUGAGAAAAAUGAAACAGGACAAAUAUUACUAGGAAUGGAGAAAAGGCUGCAAGAAAAAGACACAGAAAUCUCAGAUCUGAAGUCUAGCCUUCAAUUACUCAAAGAUAGUCUGGAGCAAUUUACAGUUCAGCAGAACCAGCAGCACUUGAAGAUCUGUGAACAAUUGGAUCACAUGAAGCUUUCCAAAAUUCUGAAUGACUUACAGGCAUUCAUUUCUGCACCCAGAGAAUCUCAUCAUCUCAAGGACAACAGCUCCCAGACUUCUCCAGAUGCUCUGCUGGACCAAUUAUCUUAUAGUUGCCACUUGAAUGUUUUAAACAUCUCUCCUGCAAACAAAGGUAUCUCUACUAAGGCUGGAUCAGAAAGUAAAGGCAAUUUUGACACGUGGCAGAAGAGCCAUAUUCCACUGGGAGGCCCCAGUGCUGACAAAACGCUUUGUUGCUGCAGUGCAAGCCUUCUUGCAAAAAGCCAAGAGAGAAAGUGGUCCUUUAGUCAAGAGCCACAUGAAGCUACUCCGGUGAGGAAAGUGAUCCAGAGAAACAACCAAGCAAAAGGCUACAGCGCUACAAAACAUUUGCAGCUAAACCAUCCUGAAAUGGAUAAUGGGUUUGUGCGAAACCGUGCCGGUGAUGGGAAAAGCGAGGAACUAAUCCCAGCCAAGAUGAAUAAUAAAAGUAAAGGAAACAGAGUUAAACAGGGCAAGCCAUGGUUGUCUAGCCAGAGGAAAAGAAUGUACCCCUCCAGGAAAGGAAACGGUUUGAAAUAUUCCAGAGCUAAUGUAAAGCAGGAUACAACAGGAAAAGGAGCCUCCAUUGCAGAAUACGCCUGUAGGGAAACGAGGGAGUCUGGUAGUGUUAGCUUGAGGCCUUUGGUUUUGAGUGAGAAAAGGGCAGGCGGUCUCCAGGACAGAAAGGCCAAGAAAUCUAAACUCUUGUUCCUUUCCCAUGAAAACCAGCAACCCACGCCGAAUCUCCACGAGAGGCCUGGCAUUAAGGGCAACCAUUGUUUCUGGCCCUGCUCCUCUCCAGAAAGUUCCUUUCCCCAAACUCAGAUCAAGUGGCUAGAUCUCUUUGAUAAUUACUCCCUGACUAAUUACAAUACUCCUGUCCCCAAGAAUGCCACGGCCUGUUGCCAAUUAUUUUUUGACAGUGAGUAUUCUGAUUAAAAGGGGUUUGUAUAUAUCACCCACUAUGGAACUUUCCUUGUAAAACGUUCCUAGAAAAGAACCCCAUUUGGGUA